ACUUCAAAAAUAAAUUCAAAAUAAUUCUUGAAGCACAGAAAAGAAAUUACUCCGCUGCCGAUCUGACAUUGCAGCCGCCUACGCCCCGCUUCCGUCGCCGCCCUGUCACCGUCUUUUUCCGCUUCUCCGACCACCGCUCUAAUUAGUUUUGAUUAAUGGAAGCAAAAGUGUGGGGAUAUUCUUCAAAUGAAGAUAAUAAUGAUGUUGAUGAAGUCUAUUUGCAAAAUGCAAGUGAUGAUGAAGAGGAUCUUCACUCAUCAAGUUCCUUGCCCAAAUUGCAGUUCAGGAACGUGAAAUCCAAAUGCAGAUGGAAUGAAGAGAUGGGAAUGGCAGAGGUUAUUGAGAAGAAUGGAAAAAUGUGGGUAUCAACUGGAAUAGUUCGCAGCGGCAAGAUUUAUACUUCAAUUGAGGAAACUUUGUACCUUAUGGAACUAGGAGCCUUACAUCUUGUAGAUAAUGAAGAUAGAAGUAUAUCUCUAAUAGAAAUGUACGAAAAGGUUGCAGGAGGGAAAUAUGGAUGUUGUUGGGAGCUGUUUGAGGCUUACAGGCAUCUCAAGUCUCUUGGUUACAUAAUUGGGCGGCAUGAUGUUGCUUGGAGUUUGAAGAGUAUUAGGAGUUCUCAGAAACCUGUUGCUGUUGAAGGUGCAGAAGAAAGCAAACAACAAGUAGACACUUGUUCCAAAGUCGAGCUUUCCAUCAGUAAGUUAUUUGGCGAGCUGAAGAUUAACGAUCUGAAGCCAGAUUUUGAUAUUUAUCUUCCAGACAGCAGGUUUAGAAAAUCUUCUCCAGGUGAUCCAAAUUUUCUGCUGUACUUGUCUAGGGGUCAUCUGCCAUCUAGAGCAGAAAUUGAAGUCCUGGAGAAACAAUGUGAGGGGAUUCCGUUGAAAGUCUGCCUGGUCACAGAAGGAAGGGUCAGUUUCUUUUCAUUUGACAAGGUUGAACUUCCUAUUCUACCCUGAAUGGUUGGUAAAGGUAUCAAUUCUAUAUUUCCACUCUGGGUUGGGAGGGAAAGAAGCUGAGGAUAGUAAUGAUAGAAUAGCUUGCAGGAUUCAAUAAUAUGCAUCAAAGCUGCCAAAGUCGUGGUUAAAGAUAACACUGCAAAUGGGCUCAGUGAUCACCAAACUGGAGUUUAAUAAUGCAGGUGCAUGUAUUGUUGUUGACCAUAACAAGAAACUGAAGACAAGGGGUUUAGCAAAACAUGCCUCUUAGUUUAUGAUUUUAUAGACGACAGAGAAUAAGAAAAUUAGUUGGUUGAAUGGAUGAUGAUUACUAAAGGAUGUGUUGUUCAAUCUAUUAUUGUAGUUUUUUUUCUCUGUUGAUUUCACUGGCAGCUUGAUCUGCUUUAGUGCUGUUGUUUUGGAAGACUCAAAUUCUUUAAUCAUUAAUGAUCUUUAUAUUGUUAUGAAAUUGGUGAAGUUUAGAUUAAUGAGGUGAGCUAGGAC